AUGACUGAUACAAUAGCUAAUGAACCAGAAACAAUUGAUCUAACGGUUGAAGAAAAUUUUGAUGAAGUUGAGAAAGGAUCUGACUCGUUAAAGAGGAAGGCUGAGAAUGAAGAACAAGUGGAAGCAACCAAAAAGGCCAAAACAGAUAAAGUAAUGACGGCUAAAGAAAAGAGGGAAUUAGCUCGAAUUGAGAAAGCAAAGAAGAAAGAAGAAGAAAGACAAGAGAAACUUGAGCGAAAGAGAAAAUUAGAUGAAGAAAGAGAAUUGAAACGAAAACAGGCGGAAAAGGAAAAGGAAGAAAAGAAGAAAAGACAAGAGGAAGAGAAACUUGAAAGGGAGAGAAAGAAAGAAGCAGAAAGGAUACAGAAGGAAAAGGAGAAACAAGAGAAGGAAAGGAUUAGAUUAGAGAAAAAGAAGAAGAUUGAAGAAGAAAAGAAAGCUAAAGAACUUGAAAAGCAACGUCUUGAAGAAGAAAAACGUAAAGCUGAAGAAGAAAAACGUAAAGCCGAAGAAGCAAAAGAAAGAAGUCAAAUGAAAAUUUCCAGUUUUUUCCAAGUUGGUCAAAGAGUGAAAUCAAAUAAAUCUACAUUGUCAAAUAAAUCUUCUAACACAGAUGAUAAAACGGUUGUGAAAUCUGCUUAUGAAAAGGAAUUUUUACCAUUUUUUGUGCAGAAAAAUGUCACAUUAGCAAAUACAACUAAGAAUGACAUUACACAGUCUAAGAACGACUUGGACAAUUUAUUAAGUGGAAAAGGUGCUUCUUCAAAACAGUCAUUUAAGGAAUUUCUACUGUCUUUUGUCAAGCCUUCCAGGGGCAAUACCACUACAAUCACACCGGAAGAGAUAAUUAAUGCUUUAAAUUCGUCAACUACAACCGAACAACAAGUUUAUCUGAUGAUUGGAAGUCUUCCCCCAAUUAAGUAUAUCAGUUUCUAUGAAAAUUCAAAACCGCCAUAUGUUGGUACUUGGUGCUCACUAGCCCACCAAAAGAUUCAAAAUGAUAUAAUUAACAAUCCAUUAAAUACAGAUCUCAGUGGUCUAGAUUAUGAGUAUGAUUCUGACUUGGAAUGGAACAAAGAAGACGAAGAGGGGGAAGAUCUUGGUAAUGAUGACGAUGAUGAAGAAGAGGAAGAAGAAAGUUCAACAAUUGAAGACGAUGAUGAUGUCGAGUUUGUUGAAAAUGAUUCUCAAAAUGGCACAAAGAGAAAGAAAUUUAUAUCUCUUACUGUUGUUAAUAAAUGGAAUGAUGAUGAAAAUAAGGAAUUUUUUGAUAGCUAUACUACUGUUAAGCUAGUUGAUAUUCCUGAUCCAAUUGAUCCAUUUUGUAAUUAUUGGGGUAUUCAACCAGCACCUCAGCAACAAUCUACAAGUACUACUGGUGUUAGUUCAACAAUUAAUGAGUCCAAUUCAGUCAAAACAAGUGCUACAACUGUAACAGGAACAAUAUCAAGUCCAAAUAUUCUAAUAGCACAGAAGAAGACCAUAAAAGAUGCAGAUGUUUUAUCAAAUUUGAUUAAGUUUAUUGAGAAGAAUGAUGAAUUCACCAUUAGUACAUUGGUUGAAUUAUCAAAGAAAGAGUUCAAAGAUUUCACCAAAGCUUUGAUUAAGAACACCAUUCAGGAUAUUGCUAUAUAUAAUAAAAAACAAUCAAAGUGGGAGAUAAAACAAGAAAUGAAAGAGAAGUAUCUAGUAAAUGUAUGA